AUGGCAGAAUGUUUGGUAAACAGCAAAGAAGACCUGCUACAGUCUGCUGCUAAUGCAAAAGGAUUUAACAAAAAUGGACUUGAGAGUGCUCAUAAAUUCCGAACAAGACCAGUCAACGAGAAAGAAGAAACCCUACUCCAAAUUGCUUUUUAUUGGAACACUUUUACUGUUUAUGAGAAAUUCGCUAUAGAAUUUCAUCUUUUUUAUUUUGAGCAUAAUUUCGAAUUGUUUAAAAAAAAAGGAACCAUGGCAACGAAAAAAGACAAAGUUUUGGAGUGGGAGAUUGUACCGCCCAAAAAGUGGUUGAAAGACCGUGAAGAUAGGACGGUGGUAUUGAAAACCUACUCCAAGUCACUCGACACCAUCGCCCUAUUCGAAAAGACGUUACCCCUCGCCCCACUGCUUGUACCAAAGUUAGAUUCUCUAUGUGAGGUUAUAUUUCUUCGGUCCCUGAGUCGACCUGUGAAGUAUGGAAUUUAUGAAGUAGUUGGCAAGAACUGGUCAUGUAUUGAUGCAGCUAUUAAGAUGGCUAUUCGACGAUGUGACUCAUGUGGCGAACAUCAAAACAAGCCAUCCAAGCCUGUGGUUCACCCAUGCAUGCUAUCAGAGAAACGAUGGAGCCGCUUACACAUGGCUCUUGCCAUCAACUUCAUGGGUACAAACUGGCUAGUGAUCACAGACACUUCCUCACGAUAUCCAUCAAUUCAUUCAACGUCAUCAUGUCCACUAGAUCUGCUGGAUGAGGUUAUCACUAAUUUCCGAUAUCUUCACACGCUGGUCACAGAUAAUGCAUCAACUUUCUUUUCUGAAGAAGUUCAGAGCUGGGGCAAAGAACAUGGGACCACACACCUAACAGGUGCACCAUACUAUCCAACUUUUAACGGAUCAGCAGAACGUUUAGUGCAAUUAUUCAAGCAAGCUCUGAGAAAAUCUUCUCUGCCCCUAAAACAAGCUCUUCAGGAGUUUUUAAUGCAGUACCAGAGAACGCUGACAUCCUGUGGACUCUCUCCAGGCGAACUCUUGAUGUCCCGGCAGAUUCGGACUAGGAGUGGCUCUCUUCUGCCCCCUCCAGAACACACAGCUCAGGACAAACAAAUCCAAGGUGUCAUCAAAGGCGGAGAUGACAAGUGA